CGCAAGUCUCCAUCAGCAGGUUCACUCGGCUCACCGCUCUGAACCACUCCUCGAGUGUGCCCAAAGCGACAUGGCAGCUUGCGACGAGUUUAAUCCCCAGCGUCUCGACACCCAGAGCCUAGAGAACGACUUUAUCCUCACCAACAACUGCAUCGACUCGGAAGGUCGCUUUGUUCUCUACUUGAUCAACUGCAUGCUCUUUGCGCUCCUCUCGACCGUGGGCUUCGCCACGGCCGCCUAUCGCAUGUGGUUCCAAGACGGCUUUUCAAAAACCACGCCGUUCCGCAUCCUGCUGAUCUCGGCAGUAACAUGUCUAUGGCUGGCGAUAUCGUGGAUAGUCAUCAUGUCCGGCAAAGCCUCAUGGAUAACCCCGCUCUUGCGCGGAAUCACACUGGAAGGAGUCAAUGCAUUUCUGUGUCUCAACAUUUACUCCAGUCUCCACAUCGGCGACGUUAUCCAGUCAUUCUCGUCGUCGCUGCGAGCCACGUCGCUCUAUCAGUGGACCGUGCUCGCCCACACCAUCGGACGGAUCAUGUUCUGGUUCUGGCUUGGCUCGAGCGUGCUUUUCCUUGGCCUGCACUCUCUGGCCGCCUAUCUCCACUAUGAAUCCAUGAUGGUCUACCAACUGAUGGUCAUGGCCCUGUGCUUCAUUGUGACGACGAUCUAUGUCGGCACCCUCGGAAGCCUGUUCUACAUCAUGGCCUCGCGGCUGGUGUGCAUCUUGAACGACGGCCUGACCACGAUCGAGAGCGACAUUUUCGAAACCGCCGAAGCCAUCGCCAAGACCGAGGCCUCAUGGAAAGCACUGGCGCAGCAGAGCAUCCUCGCUCCGACGCCGGCUCUCCGGUCGGACCGAUCUGCUGAGGUGUCCAAAGCCAGUCCGGACUAUGAGGAGCUGACGCUGCUGCACAAGGAGAUCAAGACCCUCAACACCAAGCUCGAGCUUCUGCGGGCUCGCUGGCGGGUGCUGCGAGCGCUCGCCUCCAAGUCGGAGCAGUCGAUCCGGGCCGUUUCGAUCCUGUGUCUAGCCGUCGGGGUGCUGCUGACCCUCGGGGUCGCCGCCUGGAUCACCAUCGCCGUGUUCCAGGAGAUCACCGGCCCCACCGCAGCACAGGUAUCCAUCUCCCUGAUGGGCGGGCGUUCGGGUGCGGCCAUUCUCCAUGGGUCCAGCUGGGUCUUUGCCCUUGGUGAUCUCCUGGUCUAUUUUCCGGGUUUUGCGGUUGGCAUGUGGUACCACGGGCUCCAUCUGAUUGCAAGCCCCGUCGGCAACCAGGUGCGGCCGUGAUGGGCUCGCUGGCGAUCUGAACAGGGUCCGAGAUACAGCCCACUCAAAGCAAAUCGGGGCAUCUGGCUUUAAUUUGGAGCUAUUGCAUGUUGUGGACACUACAGUAGGUCCAGAAAGAAACGGGACAGUUCCUUCCUGGCUUCAGAUGUCUGAAACCCGCUGACUGACUGUAGGCCCAGCGGGUAGGCCAUGGCAUUGCACUCCUGUCUUCGUUGGCAAUC